CGGAAGUGGGCGGGCCAGACCUUUGGCCGGUCUGUGGGGAGUCGGGUUCGGGGUUUCCUGGAGGGCGCCAGGGGCCGGCGGUGGAGUGGCGGGCGCUACCGCCCGGGAACGAGGCCAUGGAGAAGCUGCGGCGGGUCCUGAGCGGCCAGGACGACGAGGAGCAGGGCCUGACCGCGCAGGUCCUGGAUGCCUCGUCUCUUAGUUUCAACACCAGAUUGAAAUGGUUUGCCAUCUGCUUCGUAUGUGGCAUUUUGUUUUCUAUUCUUGGAACUGGAUUGCUGUGGCUUCCGGGCGGCAUAAAGCUUUUUGCAGUGUUUUACACCCUGGGCAAUCUUGCUGCAUUAGCCAGUACAUGCUUUUUAAUGGGACCUGUGAAGCAACUGAAGAAAAUGUUUGAAACAACAAGAUUGCUUGCAACAAUUAUUAUGCUUUUGUGUUUCAUAUUUACCCUGUGUGCUGCUCUUUGGUGGCAUAAGAAGGGACUGGCCGUAUUAUUCUGCAUAUUGCAGUUCUUAUCAAUGACCUGGUACAGCCUGUCGUACAUCCCAUAUGCAAGGGAUGCAGUUAUUAAAUGCUGUUCUUCUGUCUUAAGUUGAAACUCGUGGAAAAGGACACUUGAAUGUUGAUACUCUGUGUUUGGUGAAGUAUGCUUUUCCCCGUGAAGUACUCACCCAGAAACAAUUGCAGUGACAGCUUAAGACCGUUUUGUACUAAGUCUCAUUUUGUAUACUGGUAAAAACUACAUGCUUGAUUAAACCGUUAAAUGCUCAUGAUUU